GCUGGACGAGCGAUAUCCAGCAAUAAUCAACGAACCCUUUCUGCGGUCGAUCGCUUUUCUUGGGAGCUUGACAGGAAAGAAUUGGCCUCCGUGCAACUUUCUCGGAAGCGAAAAUCCCCCAUCGAUGGCUAUGCCAAAGGACGCAAAAGACCUCUAAGGCUACCCAGGUUUUCAGUCAACAUCUUCUUCACGGAACCGAUCAACAAUUUCCCCAUACCAUCCGAAGGCUGCGUACCACGCAUGGUGAAGCAUUAUCUAGAGGUCUGGGCACCACAACACGGCAGAGCGUUCGCUUUCGAAGGUCAUCCGAAACCCUAUCAAUCGUUGAUAUUUCCUUACGCCCUUGAGCGACCCAUCCUUUUUGAGGCGAUAGUGGCUCUCAGCCGUGCAUCAUGGCUUCUGCAGGAAGGCAUUCCUUGGUCCAGAGAUGCUGGUCUGGCAUAUCAUCGUUCGAACGCAUUCAACGCCCUUCGACUCAGGCUCGCGUCGGAGGAGACAUGUGCCGAUGACACUACCAUGACAACCAUCGCGGCGCUUACGACAAUUGAUUAUAUUCUGGGGGUUCAUGAGGGUGCCAAGAAACAUGUCGGUGCUAUGAAACAGAUUCGCAGCAUCAGAGCCGACCUCACCGGAGAAACGCCAUGGCAAUUCUUUCUUCUGUCUACGAUGAAAGCAUACGAGGCUUUGUGGAGUUUUGUCAAAGACAGGAAUGAAGCUGCUACAAACAUGUCUCGAUUGACCAUAGAUUCCCCUCUUCGAAACGAGCUGCCCGUGUACCCUUCCCUCCCCUUCGACAUGAAACUAUGCGAAGCCUUGUCGAAAGUGUCCUCCACCUUCAAUGACAUGGCUCUGGCAGGGGAGUUGUCGAUUCAGAUGAUCGACAUACUUGCCAAUCUUUCCACUAUUACGAAGACUGGGGAUAGCCCUACUUUGAGCCCCAUCAGCUCGCGACCCAGCUCUCCUGGGAGCCGCAACUUACUCAACAUCAUCGCCGACCUCCAGUGUAUCUCGGUCAUGGGCACGACACCCAUUGAACAUCUGCUCUGCUUUGGCCUGAUCGGCUGUUGCUUUAGAUUGCACUUCGGAGACAAAGAGUGUGGAGAAGAAUAUGAAGAGGCAUUACAAGAGCUUGAAGACACACUUGGCGAGAACGGGUGGCCAAGAUCUUCCCAAGAGCAAGCAAAAUUGCAGAAGAAGCACAUUGAUUGUCUGAUCUGGAUCUCGAUUGCCGCUGCCAGUGCCCUGGAGUUGUCCAAGUCGUGGUCGCCUAUCUCGAAGGUUAUGGACGAGACGCUGAGGAAGUACCCCAGGGAGACCAGGCGUUGGGGGUCGGUCGAGAAAAUACUUCGCAAAUUUAUGUGGAAUGAUUUCCUUGCAGAGUCCUGGCAGAGAUCCUGGCAAAGAGCGAUGGAGAGGCGAUACAAAGCAGGAUGACCCGGGUAAGAUCAACAAUACCUUCUUUCUUGAACAUUUGCCUGCUGCAGUUUAAGACACCGUGUACGACACCUCGAUGUUCGACC